AGCAAUGAAGAGGAGGCCCCCAAUGAAGACUACAACAAGUUCUACGAGGCGUUCUCCAAGAACCUCAAGCUUGGUAUCCACGAGGAUUCCCAGAACAGGACGAAGAUUGCUGAGUUGCCCCGAUACCACUCCACAAAGAGCGGAGACGAGCUGACGAGUCUCAAGGAUUACGUGACGAGAAUGAAGGAAGGGCAACAGGACAUUUACUACAUCACGGGCGAGAGCAAAAAGGCCGUGGAGAACUCCCCUUUCCUCGAGAAGCUGAAGAAGAAGGGAUAUGAAGUCCUGUACAUGGUCGACGCCAUUGAUGAGUAUGCGGUCAGGCAGCUGAAGGAAUUCGAGGGGAAGAAACUCGUCUCUGCCACAAAGAAGGGGCUGAAACUGGACGAGUCAGAGGACGAGAAGAAGAGGAAGGAGGAACUGAAGGAGAAGUUUGAGGGUCUGUGCAAGGUAAUAAAGGAUGUGCUGGGGGACAAGUUCGAGAAAGUGGUUGUGUCGGACCGUGUGGUGGAUUCCCCGUGCUGUCUGGUGACGGGAGAGUAUGGAUGGACGGCCAACAUGGAGAGGAUAAUGAAGGCACAGGCGCUGAGGGAUAGCAGCAUGGCGGGGUACAUGUCGAGCAAGAAGACGAUGGAGAUUAACCCGGAGAAUCCGAUAAUGGACGAGCUGAGGAAGAGAGCCGAUGAGGAUAAGAACGAUAAGUCGGUGAAGGAUCUCGUGCAUCUGCUGUUUGAGACGGCGCUUCUAACGUCGGGCGAUAACAUUGUAAGCAUUUAACGUUUAUUGGCGAAACUCAGAUUUCUGUCUUAAGAGUUGCAGGUAACCAAGAAUUGAAUUGGCCAAGUCCUGACCCCGUGAAUAUGCCAUCAACUAGCGCCGAUGCUGAUGCUUUUCCGGAUGUCAUGGUGAAUGAGAUACAUGAUAAUGCCAUGGAUGCAAAUGGAGACAUCAAAUACAUCAAAUAGGUUGAAGGCAAUGGAGAAAGGCGUCACGGAGGAGCAGAAAGCAAGAACGGAAGCUAAUAGGAUAAAGGCGACAGAGAGAGCAAAGGCCCGCUCCUCCAGGGCGUUGAAUGCACCGUGAAGCCUCCCCCUCAUUCCGAAGGUUAGCUACUUGAAAUACCUUGAAUGUUUUUCUUAUCAAAUAACGUUUUCAGAAAGCUUAUGGAGUUCAGGAAUUAAUUCAGCCGGUGUUUCUACACACGGAAGAAAGAAGAAACAUGUUUUUUAUUCUGCAAUGGAACUUAUUCUGUAUCAGCAUUAUUUAUGUGUCACUUCACUCUUUUUAUGUGGACAGUGGACACUUUGCAAAUGUCAUAUUUGUGUAUAAAUUUGUCCAUAUCGAUAUUCUGUG